AGUAGCAUUCGUAUCAAGUCCAUGGGGUCGCAAACAGUGGGACACGACUGAGCGACUAAGCACAGCAUUCAUAUCAUGCCUGCGGUGGGAUAUUAUAGCAAAAAUGGUAGAUGACUUCAGAACAAUAUGUGAUUUUACUUAAACUCCUUGUUGAAAGCUAGAGGAAAAUUCUGCGAAGCAUUUUGAGGAAGGAAAAAGUGGUCGAACAAUAUUUCAUCAGGAAAAUCCAUGGACAAAAGACUAGUAAAACCAAAUAGUUUGGAGAAUGGACAACUUCAUGAAGAAGAUGGCCACAAUUUCAUCCCACUUCGUUCUCUCUUUUGUUUUUCUGUUGUCUGUAUGUCUUUCCCAAUAAUCAUUUCAGACAUGCCCAUUUAUCUAACUUGGGUAAAAGGUCGGAGGAAAAUGUGCCAAACGUUUAGAGAGGUUGGUUGUCCUCAGCGGAGUGGGGCUAUGAGUGAUUAUUUUCCGCUUUCAAUUUUUGUGGGUUUUUCCAAGUGUUUCCUCAAAGAAGAGGAUCAAAAGAUAUAACUUUGUAAAAAGUCAGCACAGAUCAUCUCCCAGGUCAUCCAGGCCAGGUCGAGGGGAUGGCGGACUCUCCAUCAGUUCUGCGCUUCUGGUCUUUCUCACCCCUCCCUCUUUUCUUGGUCUCUUCAGUCUCGUCUCAAAGCCGGAGGAACCGAAAGCCAACCAGCAAGGGAGAAGCUGGGACCUGGUGAGCCGCGGCGCACCAGACCGGGCGGCCGCUGGGGCCUCUCCGGGGAGCCGCGCAGUGCGUCACCGGGGGCCCGCCCUCGGCGCGGCCCGGGCUCCGGGCGGGCGGCCUCCUCGGCCGUCGUCGUGCUAGCAGGAUUUCCGCGGUUGUGUAACGGCUCCGCAUCCCUCCCAGGCGCGGUCCCUGGUCCCCCGCAGCGCAGCCAUGGCCUGGACGGCGGGGGCGGCGGGGCGCGGUGGGACCCGCAGGGCGCUCUCGUCGCACACUCUGCUCUUCGACCUGCCGCCAGCGCUGCUGGGCGAGUUCUGCGCGGUCCUGGACAGCUGCGACGGCGCGCUCGGCUGGCGCGGCCUCGCGGAGCGGCUUUCAAGCAGCUGGCUGGAUGUUCGUCACAUUGAAAAAUAUGUAGACCAAGGUAAAAGUGGAACAAGAGAAUUGCUUUGGUCCUGGGCUCAGAAAAACAAGACCAUCGGUGACCUUUUACAGAUCCUCCAGGAGAUGGGGCAUCAUCGGGCUAUCCAUUUAAUUGCAAACUAUGGAGCAACCUUGAAUCCUAUAGAGCAGAGUCAUCAGGGAAAAGAAUUUCCAAACAUGUUACAAAAGGAAACAGCCAAUGUCACAGUGGAUAAAGUUCUUAUUCCUGAACGUAAUGAAAAAGGAAUAUUGCUAAAAUCCUCCAUCAGCUUUCACAGCAUCGUAGAAGGAACCAAAAAUUUCCACAAAGACUUUUUAAUCGGAGAAGGGGAAAUUUUUGAGGUAUACAGAGUGGAAAUCCAAAACCGAACAUAUGCCAUUAAAUUAUUUAAACAGGGGGAAAAGAUGCAAUGUAAGAAACAAUGGAAGAGGUUUUUGUCUGAGCUUGAAGUUUUGCUACUGUUCCGUCAUCCGAACAUACUGGAGUUGGCUGCAUAUUUUACAGAGAGUGAGAAGUUUUGCCUGGUUUAUCCAUAUAUGAGAAAUGGAUCACUCUUUGACAGAUUACAGUGUGUAGAUAACACAGCCCCACUCUCUUGGCACAUUCGAAUCAGUGUAUUAAUAGGAGCAUCUAAAGCCAUCCAGUACUUGCACAACACGGAACUGUGCUCUGUCGUCUGUGGCAGUAUAUCCAGUGCAAACAUACUUCUGGAUGAUCAGUUUCAACCCAAACUAACUGAUUUUGCCAUGGCGCACUUCCGACCUCACCUAGAACCUCAAAGCUCUGCCAUAAGCAUGACCAGCAGCAGCAGUAAGCAUGUGUGGUACAUGCCAGAAGAGUAUAUCAGACAAGGCAAACUCUCCAUUAAAACAGACAUCUACAGCUUUGGAAUUGUAAUAAUGGAAGUUCUGACAGGUUGUAAAGUGGUGUUAGAUGAGCCAAAGCAUAUCCAGCUGCGGGAUCUUCUUAUAGAACUGAUGGAGAAAAGAGGCCUCGAUUCAUGUAUCUCCUUUCUAGAUAAGAAAGUGCCUCCCUGUCCACAGAAUUUUUCCGCCAAGCUGUUCUCUUUGGCAGGCCAGUGUGCUGCAACGCGGGCGAAAUUAAGACCAUCGAUGGAUGAAGUCCUAAAUAUUCUUGAAAGUACUCAAGCCAGCUUGUAUUUUGCGGAAGAUCCUCCCACAUCCCUCAGGUCCUUCAGGAGUCCUUCUCCUCUGUUCUUUGAUAAUGUUCCAAGCAUUCCAGUGGAAGACGAUGAAAACCAGAAUAAUCCAUCGCCGCCUCAUGAUCAAAGUUUGAGAAAAGAUAGAAUGACUCAGAAGACUCCCUUUGAAUGCAGCCAGUCUGAGGUCACAUUCCUGGGCUUUGACAAAAGGACGGGGAGUAGGGGGAAUGAGGACUCUCCCAGUGGGUCUGGGUCUCCUUUUGAGGAAAGCUGGUCUCCAAAGUGUGCAACUCCAUCCCUGGACUUGAGAGCUCCCGGUGUGCAUACGGACCCUUCUGCAGAAGCUCCAGGCCAUUCCUAUAGGAGCAGGCCAGUGGAGACUAGCUGUUCCUCCGUAUUUUCCUGGAAUGAAUGCGAACAGUACAAAAAGGCAUCAGUUUCUGCCGAGGAUAAAGAAGAAAGCAAGAACUGCUCAGGCACUGAGUAAGGUCUUAUCUGCGGAAGCCACUGUCUUCAUCAGUAGUGCUGGAGGAUAAGGGAUGAUACAUUUGGCUGAUGCCCAUCAACAGUGUGACCAAUCCCAUUCCAUUCCUUCCCUUCCAACUUGUAGAACAGAGCAGCUUAAAAGUUUGUUUUAGUAGGAUCAUUGCCUCAUGAUCCAUCCUGGGCUAAAUUAAAACCAUUCAGAAUUACUUAAGAUUGUGGACUAUGACUUCAGACAAACAGAGCAGUCAAAACCUACUAGAAAGGAUCUGGAUUACAGUGUCUUCUCUGUCACAUCCAUGUGAGUCCUUAGAGCCUCCAGUCUGCUUCCAAGUACGUUCAGUUCAGUUGGAUUCCAUUGUUUUGGUUUAGCCUGCCUGCAGAGGUUGCAGGAAAUGUCUAAUUUGUAAAUGUUAAUGGAAAUCUUUUUAAAGAA